UACGUCCGUUACUUGACGCUGCAACAAAGCAGAGGCAUCAGCAGGACAAGGUUGAGCGACACAUUUUGUCAUUACUCCCGACUGUUUGCUGUGUGCCUUUGGUGUGGACACACGGACUGUGUUUGGUUUAGGACGACAGCGUCAUGGCUUCCAGAGGCCCCAUGAUGAACGGCGACAUCUCUCGCUCUACCGGACAGUUCGGCACCCUGGAGGAAACGCUGCAGCAGAUGAACAUCCUCAUCCAGGAGAACCGAGACCUCAAAGAGGCUUUGCGUCAGACCAACCUGACGAUGAAGGAGCGAUUCGAGGGUCUGUCUGCAUGGCGAGAGAAGCAGCGGGAGGAACGGGGCUUCCUGGAGAACCGGCUGGAAGAGGCUCGAGUCCGCGUGGAUGCACUGACCCUCCAAAACCAGGAAUUGAAGAAGAGGCUGGGGGAGGAGGGGUCGAUAGAAGGAGGCUUUCUGGCAACGCCGUCCAAUAAGAGCGCUGAGCUGGAUGCGCUGUAUGCCCAGGUUGCUCGCCUGCAGGCAGAGAAGAACGACCUGGUGGCCAUGAACUCUGAGCUGCAGCUGAAGGCUGAACAGGACGAAGAAUCCUUCAUCACGGUCAUGGGAAGCGAUGUGGCUGCCAUAGGUGAUCUGUCUGGUUCAGAACUCAGAAGAUGUCCAGAGCUGAGCAUGACGACCUCCCGGCUGGACAACGAGGAGCAGACUGUCAGCCAGCUUCUCCAGUCACUGAGGAACGAGACACAGCGAGCUGAGAGGCUGCAGGCUGAGCUGCAGGCCUCUGCUGCAAGAAUAAACCAGCUUAUGGAGCAGAAGAGAAAUGUAAAGGACUCAACGAAGACCACCCAGACAGAGACCAAGGAGGAUUCUGGGAAAGAGGCUGCGUCUGAGGUGGAGAAUCUGAGGUCUCAGAUGAUGGCGCUGUUCAAAGAGCUGCAGCAGGCCCAGAGCAAGCUGGAUGAAGCAGAAGGCAUGAAGAAGAACCUGCAGGACAGAUGUCGGGAGGUGGAGCAGGACGUGGUCACUCUGAAGGCCCAGCUGGUUGAGAAACAGGCGGUUCAGUCGGAGAACAACCGGCUAAAGCUGCAGCUGGACAGCAUGCAGGCCGAGAACCAGAUGGAGCAGAGGAAGGCCGGGGAGGAGAGGAACAACCUGGCUCAACUGAAGGAUGCCUACACCAAGCUGUUUGAAGACUACAAUGAACUCAAAGAGGAGAAGAAGAAAAGAGAGUCUCAGCUGGUGCAGAAGGAGGUGAUGGAGGAGCUGCAGGAGCGGCUCACUGCUGCAGAAGAAGCCCUGGCUUCUAAACAGACCCACAUUGAUAAGAUGAAGCAGGAGAUCUUCCAGAAGGAGAAGGAUCUGGAGACCAUAUCCGUCUUCCAGGCUCAGGCAGAGGUCUACUCCUCAGACUUCUAUGCAGAGCGAGCAGCGAGGGAGAAACUCCAUGAAGAGAGGGAGCGUCUGGCUGCUCAGCUGGAGUACGUAAAGAAGCAGAACGCCCAUCUGCAGGACGAGAUGGAGUCACUGGGCCGGCAAACCCUGAACGAGAUGCAGCUGAGACAUGGGGGAGGAAAUGCACAUGGAGCCGGGGCGAGUCUGGUCGGAAGAGGUACCGACUGGCAGCAUCAGGGGAAUAUUCCAGAACACGCCUGCCCCAAGUGCAAUGAAAUCCUGCCAGACCUGGACUCCCUGCAAAUCCACAUCAUGGACUGUAUAAACUAAACAUCCAUUAAGACAAGCUUCUAUGUUAACAGUAGCUAGAUUUGCACCAUAAUCUGAGUCUUCCUCUGCUUGUACCUGUACCUCUGCUCGCAUCCUGAGACAGCACUCCACUGCUCCAUGGGGGACCUCAAUGAAGCUCAUCCAAGGACGGGAACACUGAGUUUUAAAUAUUUAUUUGUAGGAUUUGAAAGCUGUCCAGAGGGUUUAUACACAUCACACUGCAGAAUAGAAAAGAUAUUAGAGUACUCAUCCUUUCUCACAUGUUUGACCCAUGUUGUCUUGCACAUAUUUGGUUUUAGCUGAAAUUCUUCCAAGGCAAAAAAAAGUCAGGGAUAUCAAACAGAAACUGCACCAACACUUUAAUAAGAUUUCAGUUUUACGCUGCCUUCCUGUCAUGUACGCACGUAAGUUCAGUCUUUACAAGUAUUUAGUAGCUGGAAGCUUUUUUAAUAUUUGAAUGGUUCCUUGUCAAAUAGAAAUGUUUUUCCCCCCUUUGGUUUAGGAUAUGUUCAAUCAUUAUUGGGUUGUUUUUGUUGAUGGGGGGGGGGGAAAGAAGCAUGCACCAUGUAGACACUUUAAUAUGAACAGACUUUUUAUUUAGACUCUGCAGAUGAUACCUGGACAUUAGAACACAUUUUAUAUUAACUUGUUUAACAGCCUGUCUCUCUUCAGGGGAGCUUCAACACCUGGCUGAUUCUAUAGUUUGGAGAUGAUCGAAGCAUUUUAAGUCUAUGUUGUAAUUCUGUGAAUGAAAAUAAAAAAACAAAAAUGACA